AUGUCUUCUUCUGCUGCUUGUAUCUUCUGCAAGAUUAUCAAGGGUGAUAUCCCUUCCUUCAAGCUCUUCGAGAGCGACAAGGUCUUUGCCUUCCUUGACAUUCAACCUCUCAGCCGCGGACAUGCCCUCGUGAUCCCCAAGUUCCACGGCGAAAAGCUUACCGACAUCCCCGACGACCAUCUCACUGAAAUCCUGCCCGUUGCAAAGAAAGUAGCCCAGGUCUCUGGUGCCAAGGACUUCAACCUCCUGCAGAACAACGGUAGCAUUGCCCACCAGGUGGUGCCCCAUGUUCAUUUUCACAUGAUCCCCAAGCCCAACGAGAAGGAGGGUCUGGGUAUUGGAUGGCCCGCCCAGGACACGGACAUGGAUAAGCUGAAGGCCUUGCACGAGGAGCUCAAGUCUAAGAUGUAA